UUCCACCAAACACCAACGAAUGGCGCGACGCCAAUAGAUGGACGGACAAGUGGCGCUUCGUAUUUCCAACUCAGUCGUCGCGACGUCAAAAGCGACGGUCGACUUGGCCAGUUAGCUCAGAAGGAUUCAGUGCUGAUCGUGUCGUCGAGUGCCGCACAGUGUUGUAUUUCAGCACUGCUAGGAGGCAGGUUUUGGAGGAAUAAUACCGCCUUUUGUUCCCAAUUCGACAAUGUGGUGUUCGCGCCGAUUCCAGAACAACUUUUAGUAACGAACAAGUUUCGAAAAAGUUUCUAUUGCAGGGUUCAAAAUCAGUCUAAAUCAUGUUUUAAUCUAUCAGUUGGCAAACAUCCGUUCGGUGUCGAAACGUUGUGCAGUUUUAGUGUUAGAAACGAAGAAAUCAAUAUUUUCAAACCGGCUUCGCGGUGCAAGCGUGGUGCCAUAUAUAUAAUUAGAAUCAAUACUGUGGCGUUGGUGUGGUUUGGUGUGCUUGUAGUGCUCUGUUGGAGGCAGUGAUUUACAGUCACCAUGUCCGGAGUGAUGUUUGUAGUGCAUAUACCCUCGGCGAGAUACGAGAAAAUCCUCCGCCAGAGGGUCAACGAAGAGCUGGCCAAAGCCAACAAGGCGUCGGUUGAGGACGAGAAAAAGAAAGACGAUAAGGGCGACGGUGAGGGCACCAAACCUUUUCUAACGCCGCAACCGCCCCGGCAUCUCAAAGAGCAAAAUGCAGAACACCGCAGCAGCUUUCUGGAUCUGGCGGACCCUCAACAGGAACAACAUAAGCAACCCCUCCUGACUGCAUCCACCGAAAAUAUUCCGUUUAUCGAUGUCUGUGAUACUGAUGCUGUAGACGAUCAAAAAACACCGCCAGAAAAGGAAGCCAAUGGCGAUACCAACCCCACCGCAAAUUCAUUAGCAGUCCCAUUCGAUCGAUCCACGGCCCUGCGAAAGUCCUGGGAAGGAUUCAAAGAUAUCAUGGGCUCCGCCCGAAGAACCAAAGAACUUCAAAAGGAAACGGAAAAGAUCCAACUGUCAGCGGAUUCUAGUCUCGACGAAGUGAUGAAGGAAAUCCUCCGACAGAAGCAAAUAAGGACUUCUGCCUGGGUGGAUACCAACAAGGGACGCGGUCAUCAGAUUACUUUUUCGAUAGAGUCUGGCCCUCGGUGCGACGAUGUGAUAUAUAUGCUGUGUUCCUGGGGCAUCGGUGAACGGUACGGUUCAACGAUUUCCAUCGCUUCGUGUACGCUGUUCACCGAGCAACUGCAGGACGAGGAAGACGAGAAACAGGCCAACAACAAAUCCAGCGCCUGGAAUAGUUUUCUCACCUCAGCUCGGGCACAGCUCAAUGUGGCAUCGAUCGUCGACAACGUCAGAAAUGGGGCCGUAAUUACGUUUGAUUAUGUGACCAUGUUGAUAACUGCUGCUAUUAUUGCUGCAUUCGGUCUGAUAGAAGAUAGUAGCGUGAAUCUCAUUGCCAGUAUGCUGGUGUCACCGUUGAUGGGUCCAAUCCUAGCGGCAGUGUUCGGAACUGUAAUCAAAGAUAGGAAUCUGCAAAUGCUGGGAAUUCGAAACGAAACAAUUGCCAUCGGAUUAGUUUUGUUGAGUGGAUUCUUCUUCGGGCUGAUCAUCAGCAGUACGGACGAAAAGUGGGGUCUGGGUGAGGGCGUGACGGCGGAAAUGCUGGCCCGCUGCCAGACCCAUUCACUUAAACUGGGCAUUGCCAUCGCGCUGCCAUCGGGGGCCGCCGUAGCCGUGGCCAUUCUCGCCGAAAACGGUGGCGGACUUGUGGGGGUGGCCAUUUCCGCUUCCCUACUGCCACCUUCGGUCAAUGCUGGUAUUCUGUGGUCACUUUCGUUGCUGAGCUCGAUCUACGGAAAAGCACCGGACCGACGUUAUGCCACCGUGACACAAACGAACCUCUACUCGGACACCCAAUCAGUAGAGCUAUUCUGUCUCGGUUGUAUGAGCUUCUGUCUUACUCUGGUGAACGUGUGCUGUAUCUAUAUCAUGGGUAUCUUCAUUCUUUGGGUCAAAGAAGUGGCUCCGAUUAUUCCGAAGGAUCAGAAACAAUUCUGGAACCACGACAUCAAGAUUGCCCGGGAUUACAACAAAACCAUGCACACAAUGGACGGAAUGACGAUGAAUCGGCAAUUGCUUCAGGAGCUGUCUCAUUUCCGUCCCCACGGCGAAACCGAUAAGCAGGGCUCCGAACGGUGGCUUAACACUAUCGGUCGUGCUGGCCAGAAUACCUGGUCCCCGAGGCAUCUUCACAAUACGCGUGAACAUCGACCAACGAUCCAAGAGCUAGAGGCACUCUACCUCAGUCUGUCUGCUAACACUAGCGAUAACUCGAGUCACUAUCCUCCUCACCACACGACUCAUCAAUUUAUGAAAAUCCCAUCGUCAUACCUACGAUCAUCAAAGCCCUGGUCUCCACCCAAAUUUUCCUCCGCCGAAGCGGAGCCUUUGUCACCAGGAGGCCAUUCGAAUCGUUCAAAACCCAUCGAAAUUGGGUUCCGACGACACCAUCGGUUUUCGGAUUCAUUCCGAGCUAGUUCAGCACCCCUGUCGAAAAUCUUGGAAAAUGUCGCUUCCGCAGCUCACGGUGGAUCGGGCGAGGGGCCGUCCAAUCGACAAAGUCAAAAGCACAAGAACAAAUUCAUCGUCACCCCCGCAGUCGAUCCCAUCCACAAGUAGUGCUCAAAUGCGAAUCUUAACUGGCAAGACUCGUCCUCGCGUUGUAAAAAAAAUAUCUCUGUAUAGUAUUUUACUCUCUGUUUACUGUUUUUGUAUUAGUUCAUGAACAUCUGUUUCGUUAGGUCCAAUAAGUUUGAAGCGAAAAAAGAGAAAAUAAUAAAUGUUUUCAAGCUUUCAAAAUAAAGUACAAGCUAGCGAAACCGGAA